AUGGCUGAGUACCCAGUCCGACUGCGACCCAGUUCACCAGUCAGGAUUGGGACUGGUGCAUCUCUAGGUGGUGGUACAAUGGAUCUACCUCCGACUGGUUCGAGCACGGCCAAUCCUCAAGGACCUCAGCGUGGCGAUCCAGGCGCGGGCUCUGGAACUGGUUCAAGUGGUCCUGGUGGCAGCAGUGCCCACUUACCUGCUCAAUCAGCUACAAAAGAUAAGCGAUCGGGCGGUAUGAGCACCAGCUAA